GCAGCCCUCAAACUAUCAGCUGUUUUCGAAGCGAAAAAAUCUGAACUGAAACAAAUUUGAAGCAAACGGAGCAAAACAAGUGUUGACUGCAAAAAAAGUCUACCAGAGCCGGAUUGCAAUGGAGCCGCCAUCGACGGGCGGUGUUACAGCCGCUGGCAAUAAUACCACACACAAAUUUCAUCCGUGCGACGAGGCGGUGAUAGCGACCAACGACGAUGCCAGCGAUUGCAAGCGAUGCGCCGUCCGCAUGGGCUAUUGGAAGGACGACUACAUUGGGUACUUUGUGCGGAACCAAGAGCGGAAGGCUCCAGAGAUAAACCGUGGCUACUUUGCCCGCGUCAAGGGCGUCGAGAUGUGCGUGGAGAAGUUCCUGAAGAAAACCUCUGGAAACUGCCAGAUCAUCAAUCUGGGCUGUGGCUUCGACACACUCUACUUUCGCCUGAGGGACACGGCGCACCAGGUGAAGAACUUCAUAGAGCUGGACUUUCCCACGGUCACGGCUCGCAAAUGCUAUACAAUCAAACGCAACAAGGCCCUGCUGGCAAAGAUCCACGAUGAGGACGGCGAGGUGCGCCUCAGUCCCACCGAUCUUCAUGGCCCCAGCUAUCAUCUGAUGGGCGUCGAUCUGCGCAACCUCGACGAGGUCGAUAAUAAGCUGCAGCAGGCCGAGGUGGACUACACGCUACCCACCAUCUUCCUGGCCGAGUGUGUUCUGGUCUACAUAGAGGCCCAGAACUGUCGCAAUCUCCUCAAGUGGAUAGCACAAAAGUUCCAGGCCGCUGUCUUUGUCAACUACGAGCAGGUCAAUAUGAACGAUCGCUUUGGCGAUGUAAUGCUCAACAAUCUGCGUAGUCGCGGCUGCAGUCUGGCCGGCGUCGAGUCCUGCCUGUCGCUGGAGACGCAAACCAAUCGGUUCAAGGACUGCGGAUGGAGUGGAGCACGUGCCUGGGACAUGGUGCAGGUGUACGAGAGCAUAUCCUCGGCCGAGCGCCAGCGCAUCGAGCGCCUGGAGAUGCUCGACGAGGGCGAGCUCCUGCUGCAGCUCUUCCAGCACUACUGCCUGGUGGUGGCCUGGCUGGGCGUGGCCUUCCAGGAUUUAGAUAUCACGUGCGUGCAAGUGGUGGAGGAGCUCAUGUCCUCCCUGAACAUUGACUAAUGGAAGGAGAAUAUGGAAGAGCGUGAAGCAAUGCAUUACUUCUUGUCUGUAUGGCGUCUCUGCUUGCUGGCCCAAGGGUGCAGCCAUGCCAAAAGUUUUUUCCUCUCAACGUGUUAUUGAAAAACGAAAUUGAAACGCAAUCGUAUUUAAAUAUUUAUCACCAACCACACAACCAACCGUGCAUGUGCAUUGUUUAUUUCUAAAUUCCCAAUUGUUCCUUAAGCAUUUCGCAGCUUGUUAAAUUAUUUGUACUCUAAUCAUUUCGCUCUAGAAGUUUAGCAUUUUUCAUUUUAAAAUCUAAAUUUAACCAUAGAGAUACACACAUACAUAUAUGCACAUAAUUAUCUGCUCAUUCCCCACCAUUCUGUGUGCGUUUGCAAAAGUGUAAAUGUUAUUUGAAAUGAAUUAAACCAAAAAUAUAAUUGGAAAACCGAACAAGAAACAA